CCCCUCCCCCCUCCCCCCCCCUGUUAUGGUAUUUGUUAUGUAGCAGAAAAACAUUAUUUUUAAAAAAACUUUGUUGUAACCUGUGGAACUGAGGAGUGUAAAUUUUAAAUGACAUGGACCGAUUCGAGUAUUCAGACCCGCGUUUAGCGCACGGUGAAGAAUUCCUAAUGCGAGAGAAUGGGGUUAAAUUGUAUGACGGUGACAGCAAGACGACAUUUGAAGAUGGUGAAUUAGUUGUGAGCAAUGCUCGGAUCCUCUGGGGUAGGCCAGGCGACAUUCCUCGUGGUCAAAUGUGUGUAUGUUUGCCAUUAUUUUAUGUUGUGUUGGUUGAAGAAGAGCAACGUACGUUUAGUUUUAGCAGCAGUCGCAAAUUUGUCCUACACCUCUCCGAGUCAAGACAAGGAAAACCACAAGGCCCUGUGACAUGGAGCCAACACAAUUUUAUAAAAAUAUCUUUUAAGGAAGGUCUUCAUAAUGAUUUCCUUGGAUUAAUUCAAAAUGCUCUGAUGACUCGUGCCUGGGAAAGGCUGAGCGUUGCCCCUCCAUCUGCAUCUUCAAGCAGUCAGAACGUAGCUGAUAGGAAAUGGAGAAGUGGUAUUGUUGGAAUUGAAAGGAAAAUUGAAGAGAAGCACAAGGCAACAGAUGAGAGUAUAUCAUUGGCAUUUCAAGAUCUUAGUCGGUUAAUGAAUAUGGCCAAAGAUAUGGUUGCUAUAUCCCGCAGUAUAUCUACCAAAAUUCGGGACAAGCAGGGAGACAUAACUGAGGAUGAGACUGUACGUUUCAAGUCAUAUCUGUUAAGUCUUGGCAUUGAUGACCCAGUAACCAGAGGAGCUUUUAGUAACCAGACUGAAUAUUUUAAAAGCCUUGCUAAACAAUUAGCGCAAAUGCUUGAAGAACCAAUCAAGGAAGUUGGUGGAAUGAUGUCCAUGGCAGAUGUGUACUGCCGUGUAAACAGAGCAAGAGGUCUAGAAUUGCUCUCACCCGAGGACCUCAUGUCUGCCUGCCGCUUGAUGUCAACUCUUCAGCUUGGCUUAUGUUUACGAACAUUUGAUAGUGGGGCAACUGUCCUACAGCUUAGUGACCAUAAUGACAGAAUUAUUAUUGAAAACACAGCUGUUGCGCUUGAAGAAAGUGGUUCACUCUCUGCUACUGAGCUAGCAAAAAUCUUGGGAAUAUCUGUUCUCUUAGCUAAAGAACGACUGCUUACAACAGAAAAACAGGGUAGAGCAUGUAGAGAUGAGAGUUUGGAGGGAAUUCGCUUCUAUUCAAAUCUUUUCCUCACCAAAGAGGAAUGACUCUGUAUAGGUUAAAAUAUUAUUAAAUUUUAAAAUUAAAUUUAUACAGUAACUAUAUCACAA